UGCAUGACUUUUUCCUAGUGUUUCCCCACUUCUUCGGAUUGUGUCGUCCGCAUAGGGUCCGGAAAGAACUGUUGGUUACACUUCCUGCCUUUUCCCUCUAUAAAAACAAGGAGAAAUCCCUCUUCUGUCGCUUUACCCUCCUCAGCGCCUGGCAGACGUACUCUCUCUCUCUCUCUCCCCCUUCACAGAUAUUUCCCUAACCCCCAUGAUUUGCACACCCCCACUGCAAUGGACAGGUCGAUAAAACUUUCCCCAAGCCUUUCCCCAAAACUUUCCCUCACGCCGCCGACACAGAAUCGGGAGCGUUCGUUACAAUACGUAGGCACCAUUUCUAAGGCUGAAUUCCUCAUUUAAUGACAGGACCAGUAAAGCCAGUUAAAAAAAUGAGACAGAACGGAAUUUUUUAAAUUCCACGUUGGUAACUUAUUGAUUUAUUAAAACCUCCCCCUCUUUUGAUAAGCGGAACUGUACAAAUCCCCCAGUAAGGUUAAGGAGGUUUUAAUACAAAAUAAUUCAUCGAAUUUACCCAGUUAAGACUCUUGUUACCCAGCGAUUUAAAAUUAAUAUAGAUGACAAAUGUGUUUUUUGUGACAAUAGCCCUGAAACUAUUCAGCAUUUGUUUUGGUUAUGUCCCAGGGUAAAAAAUUUCUGGACAAAGUUGCAGACUUAUAUUAAGAAAAGAGACCAAUAUUGAUAUUUGUUUUGAUGAAAAAGAUGUUAUGUUAGGUUUCAGCCCCAUCGAUAAUAAUAUUAAAAUUUCGGUUGUAAUACAUUUUAUUAUUACAAUGGCCCGUUAUUACAUACACAAAAUGAAGCGGUCUGGGAAGAACCCUUUGUUUGAGCAUUUUAAAAUGGAUGUAAGGGGGUAUUUGCAGACUAUUUCGAAGUGUAAAAAUAUGAAAGCGGUAAUAAUAAUACAGUUAUUUUUAUUGAAUGUGUUUAAUCUUUUUUCAUAACUUGAAUCUAUGUAGUAAUAUGUACCGCUGACGAUUUUUUUGUCUUGAAUUGUUAUAGAUACUCUUGUUUGUAUGGUAAUUCUUGUUCUUUUGUGAAGCAUAAAUAAAAAAAAAUAUUUAAAAAAACUGUACACAUCCAGUGAAGGUAUUAAUUUUGACAGUUGCGGCCCUUGGGCGCUGCAUAGCAACAGUCACUAGGGAAGCGCAGCGGCGUGACCCGGAACUCGUCUCGGCUCGGGGAGGCUUUCACUUCCUGUUGGUGCUCUGCCGACAUGUGACGCUUCCCUGUCCCUCCCGGCUUGUGCGUUUAAAUCCCAGGCGCUCGCUUAUUGUCGCAGCUGUAGCAAAUCCACCCUCCCUUUCCGGCGCCCCCCCCCCCCCCCCGGGAAGAAAAAGAUGGCGAGCUGGCUGGCGGUCCUGGAGUCCGAGCUACAGGCGUUCAUGGAGGUGCUGCUGGGGGCCGUGGUGGACGAGGUGUCGGCCAUCUGCCGGAACGGGCUGGGCGAGGCGGAGGACGCCUCCCAGUGCCGCCGCCGGCUGCGCCGGGUGUCGCAGACGCUGGUGCGGCGGGCCGUGUUCAAGAUCACGAAGUUCGUCGAGGGCAGCUGCGGGGGCGAGAUCGAGCAGCUGAGGCGGGAGGUCGAGACGCUGAGGGGGCGGCUGCGGGUCUGGGAGAAGGGGUCGGGAGGUGGGGAGCGGGGGCAGACGCCCCCCUGCGAGGCGAUCGGAGGAAUCAAAGAAGAGAUGGAGACGGAUCCGGAGCUGUCGGGUCAGUGGUCAGAGGUCGGGGCUCUCCCUGACGCUGGGGAAGGGGCUCCACUUGAACAGCAGCAGCGCGGCGAGGAGGAGGAGGAGGAGGAGUGGGGCUCCCAUCUGAUGCAGGAGACGUGGCUCCCGUCUGCAGAGGGGAAAGAGACACUCGGGGAGCGGCAGGCCGAGAGCAGGCCGAGGCUGGGGGGUCUGGGCUCCGCGCCAGAGGUGAAGUCGGAGCCCGACGACUGCUGCGCACACGAGGUGGAUCAUCGGGACGUUAAGGCCGUUCUAGAACACAGGGAUGAGUCCGUCGCUGUCCGAGGGCACAAAGAAGAGGAACUGGAUGACCUGGAUAUCGUGAGGCUUACAGAGCAGGACACGAAGCCCCAGCCCACAGGGGAAUUCUGGGAAGCCGGGCGACCCCAGCCGGAGCAGAGGGGCGGGCGGAGUCCGGCCGGGCCGGGCCCAGAGGGCACAGGGGACCGGUCGCUGGGGGAGGGCCAGGGACGGGAGCCGGACCGCCUCGGAAGCCCCCCCCAGCCCCCGGCCGCCGCCGCCGCCGCCGUCACCCCGGGCGGGAAGCCCUUCGCCUGCGGCCAGUGCGGCAAGAGCUUCGCCCAGGCCUGCAACCUGCGCAGCCACCAGCUGGUGCACACCGGCCAGAAGCCCUUCGCCUGCGGCCAGUGCGGCAAGAGCUUCGCCCAGGCCUGCAACCUGCGCAGCCACCAGCUGGUGCACACGGGGGAGAAGCCCUUCGCCUGCGGCCAGUGCGGCAAGAGCUUCAGCCAGGCCUGCAACCUGAAGCGCCACCAGCACGCCCACAGCCGCCAGAAGCCCUUCGGCUGCGGCCAGUGCGGCCGGGGCUUCACCCAGCCCGGCGCCCUGCGGCGCCACCUGUGCACGCACACGGGGGAGAAGCCCUACCGCUGCGCCAGCUGCGGCCGGGGCUUCAGCCGGGCCUGCUACCUGCAGAACCACCAGCACGUGCACACGGGCGAGCGGCCCCACGCCUGCGGCCAGUGCGGCAAGCGCUUCAGCCACGCCAGCAACCUGAAGAAGCACCUGCACACGCACACGGGGGAGCGGCCCUUCGCCUGCGGCCAGUGCGGCAAGGGCUUCCGCCACCUGUACCGCCUCAAGCGCCACCAGCCCAUCCACGCCGGGGAGAAGCGCUUCGUCUGCGGCCAGUGCGGCCGGGGCUUCCGCACCCCGGGCGGCCUGCAGAGCCACCAGCUCAGCCACGCGGCCCAGAAGCCCUUCGGCUGCCCGCAGUGCGGCAAGGGCUUCAGCCUGGCCAGCAGCCUGAAGGUGCACGCCCUCAUCCACACGGGCGAGAAGCGCUUCCGCUGCGCCCAGUGCGGCAAGGGCUUCACCCAGUCGGGGGGGCUGAAGACCCACCAGGUGGUCCACACCGGGGAGCGGCCCUUCAGCUGCGCCCAGUGCGGGAAGAGCUUCAACCAGUCCAGCAACCUGCGGAAGCACCAGCGCCUGCACGCGGGGCAGGCCCCCCAGAAGCCGGAGGAGAGGGCCGAGCCGGGGGAGGGCGGGGCGAGGGGGGUGAAACUCGACCCAGAAUAGCCCCCCCCCCCAUCGGCGUCGUAGUGUUUUGUUCUUCUAGACUCCAUCAAUCUCAUCCCCUCCGUUCUCAAGCGGUGGCAGCGGGGUCGGAGGAGAGCAGAGAUGUUUUGCUUUUAAAAAGCAUUUUGUUUUUAACGAUGCCUCGUCAACCCGGGGGUCGGUUCAUUUUUUGUUGUUGUUGUUGUUGGCGUUUCUACCCAGAAUGCCGAUCCCCGACUGCCCCUGCUUUUCUUCUAAAAAAAACACGACUUGAACCUGAAGGACGAUUGAGGACGAAUUUUGGAGCGUUCCGUCUCGGGGAUCGGAGCGAUCCCUGUCUUCUCUUUUUCCCUGGGUCCUGCAAGGCGUUCUGCGCGUGUGUCCGUCUCCGUCUGCCCUGCGAUGGACUGGCGUCCCAUCCAGGGUGUGUGUGUGUGUGUCCAUCCUGUGAUGGACUGGUGUCCUGUCCAGGGUGUGUGUGUGUGUCCAUCCUGUGAUGGACUGGUGUCCUGUCCAGGGUGUACCCUGACAAUUCCUAAUUUUGAGCUCCUAGUUGGGGGCGGGGCGUGAAACACUGACUUGACUACAAUCUUUGAAUGUUUCACUAUCGAUGCUUAAAGGGGAGGGGGGCUUUUUAAAUUUCGGGGUUCAAAAGAAUCGAGACUGAUGAGUGCAUUUCAAACCCCCCCCCCAGAGAAAGUCAGAUGUACCCAGUAACUUGUACAACCCCCAGUUUGCAGCACACAGUAGAAGGUCCGGGUACGUGCAGUACCAUGUUCUAUCAUGCAGAAUGAGGUGACAAACCUUCUGGUGAGGUGAAGUGACACUGUGAGCAAGCAGGCUUGUGAACCCGUCUCUUUUAAUCCAAUCGAAAUAUUGCUCUGGACUUCCAGACGGUUUUGUGGGCAAAUAUUUUCGGGUCAACUCUGCCGGCGGAUCACAUUUCGGCCGUGACAGCGUCUGGUGCACAACCUGCACUUACUUGCUCAUACGUGACAUUAAUCACUACGGUGACUAGUGAGCAGGAAGGGUCAUGUCACAAUUCUCACGAUCUCUCGCUCUUGUGUGUGAAGAGACCAGGGGGGUUGGCGACAACACGACGACUUGUGGUAUUUUUUUACAAAGUGAUCCUGUGCUUAAUUUGUCAAUUCUUUCUAAUCCAUCACCUGAUUUUUUUGUUCCUGAAACUGAAUAACCGUUGUGAGAGAUUUGGACGGUAGUUCCCUUGAAGUGAUAUACUCCAGUGCUAUUCGAAGGCACGGUCUGUGAUUCAGUGAGAAUCCUUUUUUUCCUAUACAAUGGCUUCUCAUUCUUUUUCUUCGCCGAAGCUCGGUUGGAAAGUGGUGCUGAAUUGAGUACAAAUGUAUCGCCUACAACUACAUAAUUAAAGAGUACCUAUAAGGCAAUUAAAUGCACAUCCUUAUCGGCGAAGAGCAAUCUUUGACAUGAGAAAAGUAACCAAUGAGAGCCAGCUUGGCCCACCCCCCCUCAUCCAGAUCAGUUACCUACCACCUGCUCCUACGAACCAGUUGCUGGAAGGAAGCCAGGAGAAUGCAGGGUAUUGGCUUCCACACCAGCAGCUGGGCAGCUUGUUCCCCACCCCUGCCACCCUCUGCGUACAGAAGCUCCUCCUGUCCUGACUGGAGGAUCUCGUCCAGCUGCGUCUUAAGUGAAGCCAGGGUAGCGUCUUCAACCACAGGGCUGGGCAGCUUGUUCCCCACCCCCGCCACCCUCUGUGUACAGAAGCUCCUCCUGUCCUGACUGGAGGAUCUCGUCCAGCUGCGUCUUAAGUGAAGCCAGGGUAUCGGCUUCAACCACAGGGCUGGGCAGCUUGUUCUCCACCCCCACCCCCCUCUGUGUACAGUAGAGCCUGCGUAUGUUUUUGGGAGCUCCAGGCAGAGGAAUCCUACUCUGUUGGGGCCCCCGAGCGAGGCCCUGAACCCCAGCUGCUCCAGGGGCGCUGUAU